AUGACCCAAAUUCGCGUGGAGCCCGUCACAGACCCGGCGGACUUCAGCCGAUUCUUUGAGCUGGCUGCCCUCACCUUCGGUCAUCAGGUCCACGAUGGGGUCUGGUGCGCCAUGAACCCUGGCUGGGACACGCCCGAGGGCCAUGCGAGCGGAAGUGCCCGUCUUGCGGCGCGCUGGUCCGCCACCACCAAAGACCGGCAUGGCAACCCCAACACCAUCUUUCUCAAGGCCGUCAUCGACGGUGGUUCGGAUGAGGGAAAGAUUGUCGGCGCGGCUAUCUGGGAGCAGGCUUCAAUGGUGGACGGGUACGGCCAGGCGCCGGCACCCGAUAUCGGCAGUGCGCUAGACCUGGAAGCCCUGUACCCAAAUCAGCCGGACGAACAGCGGUAUCUCCGGCAGGUAGACCUCUCACUGCGCCGGCGCCGCUUGGAAGUCAUCCGGGAGAUUGCGACGAGCGCGUCCCCGGCGGUGAUGGCGUUGGACUUAUGUGUAGUCGACCCAGCGUGCCAGCGACUUGGAAUCGCUACGAAACUGGUAGAAUGGGGCCUCCGGGAGGCCAAGGCUCGCGGCGGACUGGAGGCUGUGCUGGAAGGGUCGAGCAUGGGGCGGCAUGUUUACCGGAAGCUUGGGUUUGAGCAAGAAGGGGGCGAGUUCCGUUACGACGUGGACGAUCAAUUUCGGGAUCGUGAGCAGCCGUCGAAUGUAUUUAUGCGUACCGGUAGACCGGCAGUAUGA